AUGCCUAAGCCUGCCACAGCAGGACAACCAAUGGCGGAUGAGUUAAAACUCAUGAAAGAAUGGAUUAAAGAAGACGUCCAAGUGAAGGCAAUCAUUGGCUGUAAGCUUUCCCUGGUUGUGCAGAACAUUCUCGACGAAGGACUCUCUGCUUGCGAGCAAUGGGAGAUGCUCGUGAAAAUAUUCGCACGUCUUGAUCUUUUCACAGAGAAGCUCAAGGAUGCUGAAGACGCCACUCAGUAUCUUGGUGUCUUUGAGAAUGGCCGUUGUCGCUUCGCAGAAAUGCGGAUCACCUUCACUGACGAGGAAGCCAUCUUCAUGUUGCUGAAUGGUCUUCCUGACACUCCUCAAUGGGUUGUAUUUCAUAGUCUUACCAUUGGGCUGUACAAUUCUGCCAAUGUCAUGGCACCAUCUUCAUCCACAUCCACAUCCAUCUCAUUUGAACAAGUUGCCACGUUGUGGGCGACAAAAGGGCGAUGUAAGCGCGAGAAACGCGCUCAAGGCACGCGCAGGAAAGUGAAACGCGAAAAAAUGCGCGAAGUGCGGGAAGGCGAAAGUGCGAAAGGCGAAAAUGCGCAGAGAACUGGGAUGGGCUCGGAGCCGAAUAGGGAGCGCUCUAAGUAUGCUAAAUAUGGUCUGAUAACGAAAAGGGACACACCUAGGAACUGGUUGGAUGAUGGAUGGAUGCUCCUGGAUGAUGCGCGAUGGAGUGCGCUUGAGCGCGAGAAACGCGCUAAGCGCGCGCGCGGGAAUGCGAAACGCGAAAGCGAGAGCUGUGCAUUGUAUGUGCAAAUGACUGGAGACAUAGCAGAAGUUGCGUAUGGAGUAGGGCGACAAGUGCGAGAGAAACGCGCUAAGCGCGCGGGGGAAUGCUGCGCGUUAUGUGUAAAACAACUAGAGACAUGA